ACUCCCCAACCAUCCAGUCUCUCUUCACAGACAGCCACGCGUUUCCCCACCUUCGGGACGAACCUUCCCGAUGGCGACGCCGUGCUCCACUCCAGCCGCCCCCGCCGCCGCCGCCGCUUCCGUCUCGCGCAUCUCGCCACUACGCCCUUCCCUACACCGCUUCCGCUUGUGCCCGGCACCAUCGGCCGCGGCUUCCCCCAUUUCCCUGGGGCCGGGCUGUCGUCCUUUGCCCAGUAUCCGCUGUCGAGCGGCCGCGGGGCCGUCGCCGCCCUCCUCCGAGCCUCCUCCUCCGUCUGGUUGGCAAGAGAGGCUGUCAAGGUUGCAGGAUAGAGUACGUAUAUUCUUUGCAGUUCUGUUCUGGAUGUCAUUGUUUUUCUGGGGAAGUGCCUGGGAUGGCAGUAACAAUUCAGGAGGCAAGAAGCGCCAACGAUUUCGAAAGAAAUCAAAGUGAAGAUGCUCUAGGAUUGACAUUCAAGGACAGAUGAAUGUACAAUGAUGCGUAGUGAGCGUGUAGGCAUAGAAAGCUGUUGUUACAUGGUUGCAUUUCAGCAACCAUUACCCUGAAGGAAAUUACUUGAUCGUGUUGUGUAUACUGCCGAUCAUUGAUAUGGAGAUAUGGGUGGCAUUACAAAGGAUUAAAAGAGACAUGUAUGCAUGUUCCUUUAUUUUAUUGGUAUUUAUUCUGGCUGCAGAAUUGCAUAUCAUACAAAGUCUCGGUGGCGGCGAAGUUGGGUUUUCAGCUCACAAUUAUGUUUCAAGCAUGUAUACAGUCCUGGUUAUGACUCUA